AUGACGCCAGAGAGGGAACCUGGUUUACAUGUGAAGAAGUUAAAGAAAGGUGAAAAUGAAAAAGGGACAUCAAAAGGAUCUGUGAUCACACCAGUGUUGCAGAAGGCAGAUUCCCUAACUGGUGGUCCACUACAAAAGAAUGAUGGCAGCCAUUUCAGUGAAAAGGAUCAGCAUGAAAGCAGACCUGCAAAGAAAAUUUCUAAGAAAAAGAACAAGGUCAAAAAGCAAAUUACCUCUAUGGAUGACCUUGUCGACUUCAUUCAGUCAUCUGAAACAGCUUCAGAGCAUUGUGAGUUGCCUUACUCUAAGAAUUUCAUGUUGCUGAUUGAACAACUUGGCAUGGAUUGUAAAGAUUAUGCUGGCUUCUUGAAAAUCCGAGAUAUAUGUGUUUCUUAUGAGAAAUUAAGGAAACUUAACAAAAAUCACUGUAAACUUCUUAUGGGAAAAAUGACAGAAAUGGACAAAGUGGUUAGUGCACUACAGAACGAGCUACGAGAAGCCAAAGACAUGAUAUCACGGUUAGAACAUCAAAAAGUGGAAUGGGAACGUGAAUUCUGCAGUUUCAGGUACAGCAUCUUGGCUUUAAGGAAAUAUUUCAACUGUUUCCUUUUAUACUACAGAUGUGUUGUAGAAGAGCGCAGUGACACUCAGUGGCAACUUUCUCCAGAUCAGAAGGCCAGAGUCUUACAAGAUGGAAGUCCAAACAAUCACCUUUACAAGCAAAAGGAGCUAGAAAUGGCUCAUAAGAAAACUAGUUCUAAGGUAGUUGCAAGACAACUUCAACAAGAACUGGCUGAUACUCUGAAGAAACAGUCUAUGUCAGAGGCUUCCCCAGAGGUUACAUCAUAUCUUUGUCUGGAAGAUGAAACACGGGAUCUCAAGAAGAAAUUAGCUCAAAUCAGAAGUCAGUUGCAAGAAGAACAGGAACGACAUGGAGAGGCCGUUAAAAAUGCCACACAAGAAGCAACCAUCAAACAUCAAGCGGCCCAAAUUCAAUAUCUUGAGAGCAACGUGAUAAAGACAAGUUUGAAGGUUAAAAAUGCCAGGCAAGAAGAAACCAUCAAACAUCAAGCGGCCCAAAUUCAAGAUCUUCAGAGCAACUUGCUAAAGGCAAGUUUGUUGCAAGAAGCAAAGGAUCGAGAGGCAAAGGACAUAAGAUAUGCGGAGAAGACGCUAGAAGUGCAAAAUGCCAGACAGGAAGAAACCAUCAAACAACAAGCCGCCCAAAUUCAAAACCUUCAGAGCAACUUGUUAAAGACAAGUUUGGCUGAUGUCCUUACAACAGAACUGGAAACUACAUCUUCAAAAUGUCUACACAUGGAUGCAAAAAAUCAAGUUCUUCAACAAGAGUUAUUAUCAAUGAAAGCUUUCGAAGAAGAACGUGAAAAACUAGAGAGCAACAACAAGAAGUUACAGCAAGAAGUAGUAAAAUUGAAACAAUUUAUGGAAAUGAAUAUGGUAGAACGCGGUCAAGUGGAACAGUAUAAACGGGAGAUUGAAGAAAGAGCACGACUGGACAUAGAAGAAAAAUUACACGAAGUCAACCUGUUUUUACAGGCACAAGCAGCAGCUCGAGAAAAUUUGGACCAGGUAAGAGAAAAUGCUCAUGCUUCAACGAGAAGUCAAAUGGAACUUAGAAUUAAAGAUCUGGAAUCUCAGCUCUCUACAAUGAAGAUGUCUCAAGAAGAUUCGACUAAAACAGAGUUGGAAACCUACAGGCAACUCUACCUAGAAGAAUUAAAAGUUAGAAAGUCCUUGAGAAAUAAGCUGAACAGGACUAAUGAGAGACUGUCAGAGAGCAAUACAAAACUUCUUGUGGAGAGACAGCAGCACCAAACUUUACUCAGGACCCUUACUAUGAGCCCAGGCCUGGAACCACCUUAUUGUGGACAUUUUGAAAAUAAUUUAGUGCUCAAUGGAAACCUUACUCCAAGAGGAAACUUAGUGAUUCCUACCUUAAACCCACGGCCGUCAUAUGACGACAGGGAGACUUCCUUGUGGAAGACGCAGCGGGAGUUGGAGAAAAGAAUAACCAGAGCACUAGAAGAAGGUAUGUUGCCAAAAUGUAUGAAGUUAGAUAUCAUUGAUUUCUGA